AUGAAUGUCAUCAUUGAUUCACUGCCGGAUCUGCACUCUGUUCAAUCACCGGAUCGCCUCAUUGAAAUCAACGCCACCAUCACAGUGUUCAAUCACUGGUUUGAUGACAGAGUCGAUGUCUGGAAGUUUGCAUCAGGUUUGCCUUGGGUUGAUUUUUCUGGAUUGCAUAAGGGAAGGUGGCGGUUCUCGUCGACGAUCUACUGGAGGAACGAGUGA